AUGGCUGACCUACCACGCUAUGGAGGUUUUGGAGGAGGAGGAUCAAGCUCUGGUUUUGGAGGAGGUUCAAGCUCUAGUUUGAAGUGGAGGUUCAGGGUUUGGAAGAGGACAUUCAGGAUCAGGGUUUUGGGAAUAAGUUCUAGCUCAGGAUUUGGAAGAGGAUCAGGCUCAGGGAUUGGAGGAGGAGGUUUCGGCUCAGGAGGAUGCGGUCCCGGACAGGUGUUCCACGCUGGUAGAUGUGUUACUCCACGCGAGAACCGUAAAGUCUACUUGUACAACGCACCACCUGCACCAUCAGUUCCCCACGGUCCUCCACCAUACAUCCCUGAGCCAACCAUUGAUACGAAUAUCGUGUUCAUCCAAACACCCGAAGAAGGUCCAGGACCAGAACCUAUCGUCAUACCUCCACCACAGACGCGAAGCGUUGUGUAUGUUCUUAACAAGCAGACACCAGAACAACAGGAUGUGAUCGAAGUCCCAGUACCACCAGCAACCAGUCCUGAAGUUUACUUCGUGAACUACGCUGACGGCGAGAACCCAGUUCUUCCAACUUCCCAAGGAGGCGGUCAAGUGAUUGGAGGAGGCGCCGGCGGCAGCGGUGGCGGCUUCGGCGGCAGUGGAGGAAGCGGUGGUUUUGUAAACAGCGGAGGCGUUGGUGGUGGUUUUGGAGGCAGUGGAGGAAGUGGUGGAUUUGGAGGCAGUGUUAUCAGUGGAGGAUUCGGAGGCGAUGGGGAUAGUGGGGAAAUCGUCGUCAGUGGAGGUGGCGGUGGUUUCAGCAUUUGA